AUGUCGCGGUACGGUCGACUAGACAAAGGGAGCCGAUGCUCCCACCACGCCGCGGGGCUGCUCUUCCCUAGGAUCAACUGCGUCACUGUACAGCCCCUCGUCCAGGACGACGGCAACCAGUAUGCAUAUGCCCAUGUUCUCUGGGGUACGUGCGUGCUUGCUAGUGUCGCGGUAGCACCAGGACGGACCGGUGAGAGGCCAAGGGCGGCGGCCGCACGACGCGGUUUUCUGAACACAUGCGACAUGCCCACCACACGCUCAGGCUCCGGAUCCGAGGGCCCCUCAUCUCUGCGCCUUGCCUUGGGGGGGAGGCAUCGCGAUGAGCUGGCGGCCGCUUCCCAUCGUAUCGUCAUCACUUGGGAGUGCUGCCGUUGGGUUGAAACGGGCAUGGAUGCACAAGCGUGCAGGCACUGCACUCUCUUUCUCCUCUCGUAUGCCGUCUUGGCCGCCCGGGUUAUUUAAAGCGAUGGACAGAGCCAACGACGCGACAGGCCCAGUGCCAGGAUUCCCCCUCGUAGCAGCUGCUGUUGGGUGAGACGAACGGCUCAUAUCGGCAGCCCCCACUGCUCUCCAUCUCCA